CACUGGUUGUUGAUCCAAGGAGGGUUACUGGGAAAUUUUAAGCGAUACAAGACGCCAUAUUGCUCUCAGCUGGACUCGGGAGUUUGCGUGAAGGGAAUAAUAAUACCUAGCUAUACCUAGGAGUUUCUGACAUUAUUCAUCUUAAAUGGAUGAGAUGGCAAGCCCAGGGAAUGACCGAAUGAAGAGUUACAAGAACAAAGCGCUGAACCCACAGGAGAUGCGCCGGAGGAGAGAGGAGGAGGGGAUCCAACUCCGCAAACAGAAGAGAGAAGAGCAGCUGUUCAAGAGAAGGAAUGUGUGUGUGCCCUCGGGCGAUGAGUCCAUGUUGGAAUGCCCUGUCCAGGACCCUGACAUCAGCUCCACUGCACCAGUCUCAGGUGAAGGUGUCAUAACUCCAGACAUGAUCCAGAUGAUCUUCUCUGAGGAUCCAGACCAGCAGCUGAUUGCCACACAGAAAUUCAGGAAGUUACUCUCCAAAGAGCCCAACCCCCCCAUCGAUGAGGUCAUCCUCACCCCAGGGGUCGUCAAUAAGUUUGUGGAGUUCCUCAAGAGGAGUGAGAACUGCACUCUUCAGUUUGAGGCAGCCUGGGCCCUGACCAACAUUGCCUCUGGGACCUUCCUGCACACCAAGGUGGUUAUCGAGACGGGAGCUGUGCCCAUCUUCAUCGAGUUGCUCAACUCUGACUACGAGGACGUCCAGGAGCAGGCCGUGUGGGCCCUGGGGAACAUCGCCGGGGACAACGCAGAGUGCAGAGACUACGUUCUCAACUGUGGCAUCCUGCCCUCAUUACAACAGCUGCUGGCUAAAUCCAACCGUCUCACCACAACUAGGAAUGCUGUAUGGGCUCUGUCUAACCUAUGUAGAGGGAAGAACCCCCCUCCAGACUUCACCAAGGUGUCUCCCUGUCUGAGUGUGCUGUCCAGGCUGCUGUUCAGUAGUGACCCAGAUGUGUUGGCUGAUGCCUGCUGGGCCCUCUCUUACCUGUCUGACGGACCCAAUGACAAGAUACAGACGGUCAUCGACUCUGGGGUCUGCCGCAGACUGGUGGAGCUACUAAUGCACAGUGAUUAUAAGGUGGUCUCUCCUGCGCUGCGUGCUGUGGGAAACAUAGUGACAGGAGAUGACAUUCAGACUCAGGUGAUUCUGAACUGCUCGGCGUUGCCAUGCCUAUUACACCUGCUCAGCAGUCCCAAGGAGUCCAUCAAGAAGGAGGCCUGCUGGACUGUGUCUAACAUUACAGCUGGGAACAGAGCACAGAUCCAGACGGUGAUAGAUGCCAACAUCUUCCCAGUGCUGAUAGAGAUUCUUCAGAAGGCAGAGUUCCGUACCAGGAAGGAAGCAGCGUGGGCUAUAACCAACGCUACCUCUGGGGGCACUCCUGAGCAGAUCAGGUACCUGGUUAGUCUGAACACUAUCAAGCCCAUGUGUGACCUGCUGACAGUGAUGGACAGUAAGAUAGUGCAGGUGUCACUGAACGGCCUGGAGAACAUCCUGAGACUGGGAGAGCAGGAGGCCAAGCAGAACGGCACCGGCAUCAAUCCUUACUGUGCCCUCAUAGAGGAAGCCUAUGGUCUGGACAAGAUCGAGUUCUUGCAGAGCCAUGAGAAUCAGGAGAUCUACCAGAAGGCUUUUGACCUGAUCGAGCACUACUUUGGUGUGGAGGAGGAGGAUGCUAGCAUCGCCCCGCUGGUGGACCAGAACCAAGGCCAGUUUAUCUUCCAGCAACAGGACGGGCCCAUGGAGGGCUUCCAGCUCUAACCACACCUUGACCUUCACCCCUCUGAGUAUCUACCACUCCCCCCCAGGGGAGUCCAGUCUCCAUAGGGCUGUUUAGACCUGAACUGAUGACACUACCCCAUCUCGCCUCUCUCACUGGACCCACCUGCUCUACCUCUCUCUCCAAAUCUUCCUCUCCUGCAAGGCUAGCCUUGCCCUGCCACAGCACCCUAUCUGGAAAGGGCGAGAGAGGGAGCAUGAGAGAGAGAGAACCUGACUGACUGAAAAACUGACUGAGGACAGCUCAUUCUUAGUGUUUGAGACUUCCUGGAGCUGUAUGCAGCGUGUGGGUUGUUUCUUUCUAUUGUAGACUAUACCGUCUGUGCAGUGGUAGACUAUACCGUCUGUGCAGUGGCCAGCCUCCUAACAUGGUAGGCAUAGGAAAGAAAGAGUUGGCUGAUAUUUUGUCUUACUCCCUAAAAUGUUUUUUAUUUUAUAAUUUCCUGUGAUAUUAUUAUUAUUACGACACUGGUGUCUCAAUCACCCUCCAUAUCUCCUUUUUAAAUGUGAAACUACCUCUUCAGUCUUCAAAAAGAAAACAAAAGAUAUGAAGCAUUUUGACUGAGGAUUCUCUGGAUUUCACCAGAUAGUCAAAGUAAAACUCAUAUCCCAACUAGUGUCCUGAAGAGGUUUAGUGACUGUAUCAGCUCAUUUCCUAGCUUCUUGUACCCUUUGACCAGAGCUGAGAGAACAGUUGGCUACAGACAGCCUACUGUUUUCGUUGGAGGAUGUACAUUGUGUCAAGAUGAUGUGUGUAUCCAGUGACAUUAUUAUUUAAGUUGGAAAGCAGGUGGACAUCUUUCUCUGGGGUCUCUCUUCAAUGAUAACAUUGACAAUGGUUGACCUGGAGAUUCCGAAUCUUAUUUAUUCUGUUGAAAUGUCUUUCAGUUCCUUGACCCUGGCUGCAAUAUUAACUUUAGAAUAACAGAACACCAGUUGCAUCGUACUGACCGCAGUAAUGUAGAUGCAUUGUGUAGGGAAACACUGCAUGUCACUUGCUGCAUUAGUCAGCAUAGCGUUCAGCCAGGCUUAUGCUUAUCUGUAACAACGUUACGGUAGGAUUGACACAACGUUAGGGUAACGUUGAGGAGUGUUCUGCUUGUGUGCGUGCUCCUUAUUGAAGCGCCCCAGCCAGCCACAGUACAGUGCCAGACGGGUUAGGUUCAGUGACUAGUAUCUGUUGUGUGAUGCAGUGUCUGUCUGUAACAAUCUCCAGGUGAAUAAAAACACAGGCUCUCAGAGUUCUUUUGUAGUUGUGUUUUUUCCCGUCAUCUCACCAUGAGUUAUUAUGAUGUCAUGACUUAUUUGUUUUGCUGGAGUCUUUUUUUUUUAUUUAUCGGUGGUGGUUAACCUUACAUUGGACUUAACGCUAUUGGACGUUGAUAUAAAAUGCUCAGUUGAACUCGAGUGCUUUGUAUAUUAUAUAUACAUGUAAGAAAUUAUAUGGGGGAAAAAAUACCUACUAAUUGGAAGGGGUGAUUUAUUAAUUGCAGUAUAAUGUGUUUUCUGACUGAGAAAUGCAAUGUUGUACUUAAUUGUUGAAUCUUUGCACACUUACCUGUUGCUGCUUUAUUCUGAUCUUUUGUUGGGUAUGUGUUUGUUUCCUGGUUCCCCUCACCUUUACAACUGCUUCGAGAACAUGUUUUGUUUUAAAACUGCUUCUAGAACAUGUUUUGUUUUAAAACUGCUUCUAGAACAUGUUUUGUUUUAAAACUGCUUCUAGAACAUGUUUUGUUUUAAAACUGCUUCUAGAACAUGUUUUGUUUUAAAACUGCUUCUAGAACAUGUUUUGUUUUAAAACUGCUUCUAGAACAUGUUUUGUUUUAAAACUGCUUCUAGAACAUGUUUUGUUUUAAAACUGCUUCUAGAACAUGUUUUGUUAAGGACUCCUUACAUUUUUUAAAAACUUUUUUUUUAUAGAAAAUUAUAUGAACUCUUGAUUGGUGAAGGAAACCCAACCUGGCUAAACUGAACUGCUGAGCCUUUAUUAGUGUGUGACUACAAGUAUUUCAGCAUUCUACUUUUCUUUUAGUUUUAAACUCAUCACUCCUGAAUCCUGGCGCUUUACUUUUGGCGUGUUACAUUUUUGGAAAUUGAAGAUGCUGUAUACAUUUUGAGUACCAUAUUAAUUGAUCUUAGGCCUUGGAAAUUAUAUAUAUUUACGUGAGAUGGAAACAGUUUGUAGUGCUACAUUUUGUCAUGCACAUAAAAAAAUUGUGUAUAGUUUUCUAAUAUUUCUUAUGUUUGUACGAUUGGAUGAUAUAUUAUUUUUAUGUUUUAGGUUGAUUUAUUUUUCCCCAUUUGGGAAUUGUUUUGGCUCUAAUACAGAGGCUAUAAGGACUGCUGUGGUAUUCUGUCCAGAAUUCUCUAGGUGGUUACCAUAUCAUGCCGCCAUUGGUUGUUUCCUUUAAUCCAAUGGACCACAGAGGGCUGUGUGUGAAGCUGGACUAAACAGCUCCUCUCUGUGUUACUCAUGGAGCUGUUGUCUGGCUCUCCUUUGAGGGGUUAAUAUGGAGUUGACUGUAAAAUAAUGAAGAAUAAAGAAAUACAAUGAUCUGUUACACAA